AAACUGUUACGGCUGCAGCACUCUGUCACAGAUGCAUUGCGCUGGAGGCUUUGGCAAUGCAUGCGUAAAUCUGUCGGUUCUGUGUCACAUCCCCGUGAUAAACCACGUCUCGCUACAUGUGAGUGGCAAAGAAGACUGAUGUCCUUAUAAUAAGAGGUCUGAUCCAUGUCAACGGCAAGUCGGCGUAUGGCUGCGCGCAGUUUUGCAGCAACUCAGACGCAGUCGGGAUUAAGCGUGAUCCCGGCGUGAGAUCGGUCGGAAACAACGCACGGAAAAGAGAGAGCGAGGAAGGGAACGGAGGUAAGCGCGCACUCGAGCUGUAAGAAGCAUUUUUUUUCCUUCCUAGGACGCGCACAGACAGGCAGCGCUGCUGGUGAGACAGCAGACAGGGGGAGAGCAGGAGAGGAGGAGGACGCACAAACACAGAGACAAAGUUCUCCUGCGUCGAGAUGAAGUAUGGCGCCAACAGAUAUCUGGGUCCCCGUGUAAUGGAAGUUUUGGAUCAUAAAAGGAAAGAGGAGUAAUACCCCCAAGGAACGAGUGCACCUAUGCAUUUCGGAGUGGCAUGAGCGUUUCAGUGCAGUGGAGCCAAUGACAUAUCCAGUCAUGAUUUGGGUCGCGUUUUUACCUUUUUUGGUUUCGUGCGCACACGGGAACCGGACCGUGGAGCAGGUGCCGUUUUUUCACGGGCAUGUAUUUGAAAACUCGUCUCCCGGCUCCCGGGUCAACGGACUGAGCGUCCCGUUGAAGCGGCUUAACUCGCAGAGGCAGUGCGGUACCGGGGAAUCUGCAGCGCACUUUAAACUCCUGGGAGACGGUAGCGAGAAUUUCCGUGUCUUUGCGCACCACAAACGGGGCCAAAUUUUAUUGAAGACUUCUGGGGUUCUGGACCGGGAGGAGCGGGAUGAAUACGCACUAAGUCUGGGUUUGUGUUGCGGGCAAUGCGCGGGGCUCUCCCGUGAAGUGGGAGAGGAGUCUCCGGUGGUCGCUGAAGUGGCGUCCAUAAAGGUGGACGUCCUGGACACCAACGACCACCAGCCCACUUUCCCAGGUGCAGAUGUGAAACUGAGCCUGGAUGAUGCCACCGCGCUGCGCACGGCGAUCUACAAAGUGACCGCGCGGGACAAUGACAGCGGCAAGAAUGCGCAGCUCAUCUACUUCGCUUUGCCCAAAAAUGGGAGUUUCUACGUGGUGCCCAAAACCGGAGACAUCCUCCUGGUGGACUCUAUCCUCGGUCUGGAGGAUCCGAUUAAGUUUCAAGUGUUCGCCCGGGACCGCGGGUGGCCACCUCGCACGAGCCAGAGCAUAGCUGUUGAGAUCAAUCCACGGCAAUGGCCCGUGGCCCCCUUGAUCAACACCAAACCGGGGGAAUGGAAAGCUAAAUCACAAUUAAAAGUCCCAGCGCGAAGGUCCAGGUCAGUGCUGGAAUCAGACAGCCCCGUUUUCAUCAACGUGUCCGAGGAUGCAGGGAUCGGUUCAGUGGUGAUGAACCUGAACCCGGUGAGGUUUCUGUCGGCAACGUUUGAGUUGGUGGAGCCCGACGUGGAGAGCUCGCCGGUCAGCGUGAGCCGGGACAGCGGGGAUAUAGUCAUAUCACGGAGACUGGACCGGGAGACCGAGCCUCUGGUGGAGAUCAGCGUCAAAGUUCAGGAUAAAAGAGGUCCAGAGUGGUACUUGGUCAGAGUGGAGCUGACUGUGAUGGAUGUAAAUGACAACAUCCCAGAAUGGACCAUGGUUCCUGCUCCCUACCUGGCUGUGGUGUCCCCUGAUGCCCCUGCGGGCUCGCUGGUCUACAAGCUCCACGCUCAGGACGGGGACGAAGGCAACAACGGUGAAGUGGAGUACUUCCUGUCUGAUGGUGGUGAUGGUCGUUUUGAAGUGGACAGGAAGAACGGCCAGGUGCGAACUACAGGCCUUCCCCUGCAGCGGGACAGGGAGUACCUGCUGACAGUGGUGGCUGCCGACCGGCUGGGCAGCCGCAGCGCCCCUGUCGUGGUCUCUGUGGUGGCUGGAGCCCGGCCACCACAAUUCACCAAUGCUUCCUUCACCAUUGCCAUACCGGAAAACACCCCUGAAGGACAGCCUUUCCUUUUACCCCGGCCGUGUCCUUCCAAAAAACCAAUCCCCCACCCUUCUAUAAACCCCCGCACCCUCUUCUCCUUUUCACAAGACUGGGACUCACCUGACCCCCCUAUCGACUAUGGACCGCCCCACAUCGUUAUUUUGCUAUUGGCCCCCGACCCAGCAAAAGGCUGGCCAGCUGAGCAUCCCGCGGGGAAAACAGUCUAUGUGAUGAGGGUUCGAGUUGUUAUUGUCGAUGAAAAUGACUGCGUUCCUGAGUUCCUCCAGUCCAUUUACAGCAAGGAUGGCGUGCCGGAGACCGUGACAACAGCAACGUCCCUGCUGCAAGUGUCUGCCAAUGACUGUGACUCCGAAGAGAAUGCUGAGUUGACCUAUUACACCCUGAGUCCAGACUUCACCAUUUCCCCUCAUGGGACCAUCUUCCCUGUGGGGCCUCUGGACUACGAGAGGCCCAACCACCUGUACGAGUUUGUAGUGAUGGCAAUUGACAAGGGUGAUGUCCCUCGCACAGGCACAACUACAGUACGGAUCCGAAUGGCGAACGUCAACGAUGAGGCACCUGAGUUCUCACAACAUAUAUAUCGGACGUUUGUCUCAGAGGACGCAGGCCCCAACACGCUUGUUGCCACUGUGCUGGCGAAGGACCCUGACGGCGACGGGAUCACGUAUAAGAUCACCACGGGAAACGAGGAGGGCAACUUUAUCAUUGACAGCCAAAAAGGUCUGAUCCGUUUGCGCUCCAGUCCGCCUCCUUACCUACAGGGUGUCGAAUAUGUCCUCAACGUAACAGCAACGGAUGACAACGCCUCAAGUGGACCUCAGGCCUUGUCAUCCACAGCCCAGGUCAUAGUGGGAGUGGACGACGUGAACAACAACAAGCCGGUCUUUGAGAAGUGCCAGCAGUACCGAGAGAGCACGUCGGUCCUGGAGAACCAGCCAGCGGGGACGUUUGUUCUGCAGGUUCAUGCUGUGGAUGCAGACGAGGGCUCCAACGGCAGAGUCACAUACGGCUUCAUGCAUAAAGACUCCACUGUGCCCGCCUUCAGUAUACACCCAGACACCGGAGUAAUUGUGACAGCCAGGAAAUUUGAUCGUGAACGCCAACGGGAGUAUGCGGUGACAGUGACUGCCACUGACCAGGCAGCUGACCCACUGAUUGGCAUUUGUCAGCUUAACAUCCUCAUUCUGGACCAGAACGACAACAGUCCCAAGUUUGAGAACAUCCGAUAUGAGUACUUCCUUCGUGAGGAUACGAUGAUCGGGACUAGUUUCUUGCGGGUGGCAGCUCAUGACGAUGACUUUGGCACCAAUGCAGCCAUCACAUACUCUAUGUCCAGUGAACAGCCAGAGUACCUCAGGGUCAACCCUCUGACAGGCUGGGUGUAUGUCAACCAGCCCAUUUCUCAGAGGACAUACAUCACCAGGGAAAUUGUGGCGACAGACGGGGGGAACCUGAGCAGUUCAGUGGAGCUGGCCGUCACCAUCACCAACGUGAAGAACCAGCCCCCACAGUGGGAAAAGGACAGCUACAGUGUGGUCAUACCAGAAAACACCGUCCGAGACACACCCAUCGUGACCAUCAAAGCCACCUCCCCUCUUGGGGAUCCCAGAGUAACUUACAACUUGGAGGACGGCAUGGUCCCAGAGACCAAUAUGCCAGUUCGCUUCUACUUGACCCCCAACCGAGAGGACGGUUCCGCCUCCAUCCUUGUGGCAGAGCCCCUGGACUACGAGACCACCAGAAACUUCAUGCUGCGGGUUCGAGCUCAGAAUGUUGCUGCUGUACCAUUGGCGGCGUUCACCACAGUCUACAUCAAUGUCACAGAUGUAAAUGACAACGUCCCAUUUUUCACUUCCUCUAUCUACGAGGCCUCGGUAACUGAAGGCGCAGAGUCCGGAACCCUGGUUUUCCAGGUUUUAGCCAAUGACCUCGACUUGGGUCUCAAUGGCAAGAUCUCCUACUCCCUGCUGGAGGAUCGUAGUGGCGACCACCAGUAUUUCCGUAUUGACCCAGAGCUGGGAUUCAUCUACUCCCACACUGUGUUUGACCGCGAGACCAAAAGCUCCUACCUGUUGGAGGUCCAGUCUGUGGAUGGCUGGGAGUCAGCGCGGCCUGGCAAACAUGGACAGCCCAACUCCGACACUGCAUAUGUUCGUGUUUUUAUCAGUGACGUGAACGAUAACAAGCCAGCAUUUGCACAGGCAUCCUAUGAAGUUGAUGUGGAUGAAGAUGCUGACGUAGGCUUCGCCAUCCUCACUGUUGGUGCCAACGAUGGGGACGAAGGUGGAAACGCUAAGCUGCGCUACCAGAUUACAUCAGGGAACACCGGAGGGGUGUUUGAUGUGGAACCAGAGGUGGGCACUAUCUUUAUUGCCCAGCCCCUGGACUAUGAACAGAACAAAAGGUACAAGCUUCACGUCCUGGCUUCAGAUGGGAAGUGGGAGGAUUACACAACAGUGACGGUGAACGUGGUUAACAAGAAUGACGAGGCUCCGGUGUUCACCGUUAACGAGUACUACGGCAGCGUGACGGAGGAGCUGGACGGCUCACCGGUGUUUGUGUUACAGGUAACAGCUUCUGACCCAGAUAAGGAUGCCGACCAAGAGGCCCUGCGGUACUCACUCCAUGGCCAGGGUGCAGAGAGUGAAUUCAUAAUUGAUGAGGUCACAGGCAAGAUCUACGCCCAGCGGACCCUGGACCGCGAGGAGCGCGCCGUGUGGCGCUUUGUCGUUUUGGCCACGGACGAGGGCGGAGAGGGUCUGACUGGCUUUACCGACGUCAUCAUCAACGUGUGGGACAUUAACGACAACGCGCCCGUCUUCACCUGCGCCCCUAGCUGCCACGGAGAUGUGGCGGAGAACUCGGCUGCAGGGACGUCUGUGAUGGAGAUGACAGCCACCGACCUGGACGACUCAGCAGUGGGGCAGAACGCCGUGCUCACCUACAGGAUUCUGGGUAGCUUGGACACCACUCAGGUCGAGAUGGGAGGAGUGCCUACCUUCUCCGAGAUGUUUACAAUCAACCCCACCACUGGCACCAUCACUGUAGCCAUGGGCGGCCUGGACAGAGAGCAGGUUGAGUCCUACCUCCUGGUUGUGGAGGCCAGAGACGGGGGAGGGAUGACAGGAACUGGAACCGCUACCAUUCAAAUCAAGGACGUGAAUGACCAUGCUCCAAGAUUCACUGAUCACUCCUGCCUGGCUAGAAUCUCUGAGAAUGCCGAGCCCAAUGCAGAGGUCCUGGAGCUGGCUGCAGAGGACAAAGACACUGGAGAAAAUGCCCAACUGACCUUUAGUGUUGUGGCUGGCGACCAAGAGCAGAAGUUCUACAUGGUCAGUCACAAGCAGGAGCAGCGCGGCACCCUGAGGCUUAAGAAACGCCUGGACUAUGAACGGCACAGCGAGCAGAGGUUCAACCUCACACUGAAGGUUGAAGACCUGGACUUCUCCAGCCUUCUGCACUGUAUGGUGGAGGUGGAGGACUAUAACGACCAUGGUCCUGUCUUCAUUCCACACCUUCUGUCUCUUGCCCCACUGCCGGAGGACAUCAGCGUGGGAACCAGUGUGGCGCGUUUGGUGGCCAGUGACUCUGAUUCAGGCCAGAACCGCGACAUCACCUAUAGCUUAUCAGAAGACUCGGAUCCUGACGGGCUGUUCACCAUCGACCAAUCCGGUGUGCUCUCCGUGGCCCAGCCCCUGGACCGGGAGAGGAUAUCACAGCAUUACUUGGUUGUAAUAGCGACCGAUCAUGGGGUUCCACCUCUAACAGGCAGCGCCACUGUCCAGCUGCCGCUCUUGGAUGUGAACGAUAAUGGUCCAGAGUUUGAGGUGGCAUACGCCCCAGUAGUCUUUGAGAAUGUGGCCGGACCUCAGGUAGUAAGGGUGAACCUUACGUCGACCCUUCUCCGAGCUGUGGACCGGGACUCUCCAGAGAACGGCCCGCCCUUUCACUUCAGUGUCCCCUCCGACUAUCGCCACAGCAAUGAUUUCUACCUCCAGGACAACCUAAACGGCACGGUGACGCUAACAGCUCUGAGGAUGUUUGACCGCGAGCGUCAGAAAGAGUUCCUCAUUCCGAUUAUUAUGAGCGACAGCGGCCAUCCGGCCCAAACGGUGACCAGCACCCUGACAGUGACCAUCGGGGACCAAAAUGAUCACGCACAUAUGGCGGGGGAGAAGAAGAUUUUCAUCAACAGUCACAGAGGCCGUAUGCCAACUACUGUGCUUGGAAAGGUCUACUCUCCGGACCCUGAUGACUGGGACAACAAGACGUACGUCUUUGAAGGACAUGUGCCAAGUUACUUUAUCCUGAACAAGCGAACAGGCUUCCUGAUUAUCAAGGAGAACGCCCCACCCGACAUCUAUCACUUCCAGGUCCGUGUGUCCGAUGGAGUUUGGCCAGAUGCCGUCUCCAGUGUCACAGUGCACGUGAGGGAGCUGCGAGACGAGGCCAUCUACAACUCAGGGUCUCUCCGCCUGGCAGACAUCACAGCAAAGGAGUUCAUUGAACUGAGAGGGAAGCAGCGGAGCCGCUGCGAGCUGCUGGUGGACUUCCUGUCUGAGAUGCUCUCCGUUUCAUCUGAUGACGUCAACGUCUUUAGCCUCAUGGAUGUGAAGGAGAGAAUGCUAGAUGUCCGCUUUGCUGUGCAUGGUGGUCCCGCCUUCCUCCAGCCUGAGAAAAUCCAUGGCUAUCUGGCCGCCCACAAACAAAAGCUCCAGUCAUUCCUUCAGGUCAGCGUGUCCCAAGUUCGGGUAGACGAGUGUCCCAGCUCGGAGUGUGCCGGGGCCGGUGGCUGCACCAACGUUUUGAAUGUGCGGGACACACCCACAAUCGUGGAUUGUGGGACUAUGAGUCUUGUAUCGGUGACAGUGGAAUCCACAGCUGUGUGCUCCUGCCCAGGUAGAGAGCAGUCCCAUCAGCCCUGCACCGCAUACCCCAGAAACCCCUGCUUCAAUGGUGGCGUGUGUGUGGACACUCAGCAUGGCUACAGGUGCCAAUGUCCAGCUCAGUUCGAAGGACCUGAGUGCCAGCAGAACAAGCACAGUUUCCAUGGCAACGGCUAUGCCUGGUUUCCUCCCAUAAUGCCUUGUUUUGAGAGUCACAUGUCGCUGGAGUUCAUCACGGACGUGGCUGAUGGACUCCUGCUGUACAGCGGCCCCUUAGCCCAGCUGCAGGCCUGGGACAAUGAGGACUUCAUGGCCAUAGAGCUAAUAGAUGGGACCCCCACCUUGAAAAUCAACCACGGCUCUGGCACAGUGGUGCUACAGUUGCCAGGCAACGUGAACGUUGCAGACAGGCGGUGGCAUCGGCUGGAUGUCCGCAGCAACAGCAAGGAAGUGCGUUUCACCUUGGAUCGCUGUUCAGGGGCGGCGGUGAUGGAAACUGAAGGACUAGGCAGCUGGUUGACCACCGAGGACCACUCCUCCUGUGAAGUGUUGGGCGUUACACCCAACACUGACAGACACCUGAACAUGAGCCAGGUGCUCCAGCUCGGCGGUGUGAACGAGGACAUCCCCUAUAUCUACCCUCAGCUUCAACACAAACACUUCACAGGCUGCAUCCGCAACCUCAUCGUGGACAGCAAGCUGUAUGAUCUGGGCUCCCCGGCCGACUCGCAGUCCAGCUCUCCAGGCUGCCUGACCACCGAUAGCAGCUGUGUCAACAUGGGCUAUCCGUCCUGUGGCCACCGGGGUCGCUGUCACGGCGAGUGGGGCUCCUUCAGCUGCCAGUGUGUGCCGGGAUACACAGGACACCAGUGCGAAGAGGUGAUUGAAACCAGGGCCAGUCAUGCCCACUUCCAGCUGGCUCCCGCGCCGGGGCGGGGAAAGGGUUCAAGCCUGGUUCGAACCGCAAACACAGCAGCUCAUACUAAACCUGACCAAAGGAGCAGGCGAAUACCCCGGCUAGAGAUCUUCCAAGGCCUCCUCUGCGUUUUCUACAACCUCGGGGACGGGGACUACAACCUAACCCUACCCACCUAUCGCCUCGACAACGGUGAAUGGCAUGAGGUCUUCCUGGAUCGGCAUGACAACGAGAUGAUCCUGCGACUGGACGGUGGCGGAGGCCAGCGGGAGAUCACAGGGUUGCGCGGCCGAAGCCGAGAAAUCAUCAUUGACCGCACAGUGGUGAUGCUGGGGAACACCUUCCCCUCUGGAACCAACAAGAGCUUCCAGGGCUGCAUGAGGGAUGUACGCCUCAAUGGUCGCUACAUGCCACUGGACAGCCAGCCGCGAGAUGGGGUUUCCCAGGUCAGCAUACAAGGCCUCUCCCUUGGGUGCUCGUCUGACUCCUGCAAAAGGAACCAAUGUAGUCCCCCCUUCACCUGUGUUGACUUGUGGAGAGUGCAUGAAUGCAGAUGUCCUCCUGGCCACAUGAUCCGUGUGAACGGGACGAGAAAGUCCUGUGUCUAUACCCUCUGUGCUACGCGGCCUUGCCACCGGGGGACCUGUGUGGCCCAGUCACCCUCCAAAUUCACCUGCCACUGCCCAGAAGGUUACAGAGGACACCACUGUGAGACAACAUUGGCCAUCUAUCGGGAGGACGUGGGCCUGAGCUUCAGCUCCCUCUUUGCCAUCUGUAUCUGCUUCAUGGCCUUACUAGGUAGCUAUUACAAUGCCUACGACAUGGCGGAGCUGCAGAAGUCCCUCCAGCCGAGCCCGGCCCAGUCGGUCCAGUACUGUCGCUCCAGGGCCCUGCAACACCACCCCCCUCCACCCCCCCUCCACCACCACCAUCACCUCCUCCACCAGGCGACCCCCGCCCGCCCUCUGCCCAGCAGUCUGGACUCCCUCAGCCGGACAGCCAGCUCGAGCACCCUGCCCCCUUCUGCAGCUUCCACUUCCUCCACGGCCACCACCACCGCAAGCCUCCGCCGGGACGUCCCCCCCACCAGACUGCCGGCCCAAGGCCAGGCCCGCCCCUCCCAGCUGGCGCGCCGCUCCCUGUCCUUCUCCAGCCAGGACCUGGCCCGCUACCUGUGCGAGAUCAUCCGCGACGCCGACCAGCAUCCGGACACGGGGCCCUUCGACUCCCUGCAGGUCUUCUCCACUGAGGGAGGGGGCUCGCCCGCCGGCUCACUCAGCUCCUUCAGCUCGGCGGGGCUGGAAGCGGGGAACGGCGUGGACGGGGGAGGGGGAGGAGGGGAGGGCAGGAGGGAGGAGACGCUCGGGGAGUGGGGCCCUCGCUUUGAGAAGCUGCGGGCGCUGUACGAGCAAGCCGAGGCGAGCGACCUCUGAGCUCGGAGACCCGAACUGAUAGGACCCCGAUAACGGGCCGUCCCAGACACAAUCAAUUAGCAGACGCUUAGCGACGCCCGAGGCGGGAAAAAACUGCGAGAGACUGACUGACUGACAGAGAGAUGGCUCCACACCCCUCACUCGCUGACAACUGCCGUGGAAGUCGUAUGUGUUGUAUUUACUGGGUGACGAGCCCCCGUCAGUCAACGCGGCGGCCUCACAGACAGAUGAAAGUGUCCCUGUGAAAAGAGCCCGUCGAUCUGCGCUCCCGCUACCUUGGAGGAAAAUUUAUUUCGCAGGAGCAGACGUUAUUAAACCUGCCAGUCAGGUUAAAGGCUUCAGAACGUCACUCUGUAGCUGGGCUACUCAUCAUGAUGGAGCUUAAGCUUCACUGUCAGAAAAAUCUGUUCCAGUCCCAGCCACUAAAACCCCACACCUAUUUUAUAACACUCCUUGUGAGCUGCUAUGGAUGAGUGUUAGCUGAAGGCUUCAAAAAUAAAAUGAAAAUGUUUUGGCCAGGUUAUUAGGCCUAAUUUUUCAUACCUGAGCAAAUCAUUGUCACAUAAAAUGUAUUUUAGCACCUUGCUGCUGAAUGAAAUCUUCAUAAAUGAACAAAGGUCUCUUACAUAUCUUCCACUCUGCGCUGUUACGGGAUGCGACAGUGAAGAUGAGUGGGAUCAUACUGAGUAGCCCAUAAUACAUAGUCUGGAUUUUCACUCUGAAGUGGACACAUUGGGUUCUCGCUGCCUGGCUGUACACAGCUUCUAUCAAUGUUUGUAUACAAGAAAAAAAAAGAAAAAAAAAGAAGUGCUUGGACCAGCACUGGGUUGCAGGGUGAGAUUAUACUUCUUUUCUUCUGGUAAUGUGUCCUUCACUGGGUUGAGUAAUUAUGUAUUGGUUGGGUGUUUUCAAGUUUCAAUGCUCUGUGGGUUGUAAGACGUCAAGCUUUCAACUGACUACUGUGCCCUCAUCUUCAUGUGAUUUCCUAUUCUCAUUUGCGCUCCUCCGCCGCGCGUCGCUCCUUCUCACCCGAGGGAGGGCGCACAGAAAUUCAAACAGCUUUGUUAUAAAGAAAUGGGAGCGGACGUGCAGACUGCGGGAGGGAGGAAAUACUUGCUCUGUUGCUCUGUUCCGCGUAACGCUGUUCCUUAGGCAUACCAAAUGUGGCGGGCUGCAGGAGACUAUAUUAACAGACGUUUGCGCAGUAGAAUACAAACAAUGUCAAACAGCUUUCCAAGGUGACCGCUCAAUAAAUAGAACUGAAAAGAGGAAGAGGAGGACAUUCACACUGAGCAUUCAUAUAUAUAUAUAUAUUAUUCGGAGCUGUAAUACCUGUGCCAUACGCAAUUCUUAACCACAUAUAACUAUUGUCCCUUGCUAAAUUACCACAUAUUGUUGAUUGUAGGAAAGUGGACUCAAUCUGGAGGGAAAUAAUACGUCUGCAGUCAUUUUCCCAGCUGUGAAUUGUCAGCACAGUGGCAAGUGUUCCUCUUGUUUGGCUUCCUUUUCACAUCAGAUUGAUGGAUCUUGACACAAAAAAAACAGACUUCCUGCUGUUGUGGAACUGGCAAGAACAAUUUGUGGUAAGGGGAAAAAAAAAAAAAAAAAGGAAAGGAAAAUACCAAAAUGAAACAGCGAAAAGUAGAGAAGAGUCUGAAAAGGAAUCGUUUUUUUCACCUACGAUAAGAGACAUGAUUACAGUGUAGAGGGUUGAAUCAGAGAGCAAAUGAGGAAGGGAGGCAAAGAGGAACCAUCUUCAGAUGCCUGGCUCUGUGGUGAAAUGUGCCAAUUGGGGAGGGGGGGGAUGCUGGGAAAUAUGUUUUUAUUCUGAAUCUGAAAAAAAACUAUGUGGAAUUUGCCUUGGUGAUUGGUGCAUACAGACACAAACAAAGAUAUUAUUAUCAUCAUCAGGGCCUGAAAUUAACCCCCAACCACCCACCAAAUGCGGGUGAAUUUUGCAAUUGGCGGGUAACACUGUCAAUCUGCCUGCCUCAUCGGCUGGUAGCCAAUGAGAAUUGAGUGAUUCAGACGUGUAACUAUCGGUAAGCCGGGUACGCAGUUGCUAACGGGACCGGACCAAUCAUUGAUUGACAGCCGGGGGCCCCAGGUCGCAUUUUCAUUACUCGCAAUCCCAGCAGUCCCACGUGCAGCCACUGGCCAAUCAGGAGUGAGAACGGCUCAAACGAGACGUGUGUGACGCCAACAUCUCACAUUUACCAACAAUACGUACAGCAAAAGACAUGACGUGCAAAACAGUCCAGACCGUCCACAUUUUAACAUCAGUGUACGCUGGGACAUUUUUCACUAUAAAGUCCCUGAAAGUUGCUGCUGUUUCCAUGUCGGCUCUCUGCAGCGGGCGGGGACGCACACACACAUAAACACACACAAUCACACACGGUUGAUGCAGGAAAAACUGCAGAUAAGAUGUACAGGAUGACCUAAAUUGAGGACAGCUGCAUUAUUGUAGGUUCAAUGAUAAGCUAAAGUCCAAUAGGUACUUUAUCAAACCUUAUGAAUGUGUGUUUGAAUUAUGCCUUUAUGGUGGAUUAUCAAGGCGGGCCCCCCUACUACAGCAAUCUCCUGUUUUUCACCUUUAUGAGGCUAAAAAAAAAGUGACAGUGGCAGUUGGUCAAAAGUUAACUUCAGGCCCUGAUUAAGAAUAAGAACUAAACAAUAUAUACAUUAACAGCAACAGAUAUUGACAAAAUAACUUAAGCAUAGCAUACGAUAAGCACAGGAAAAAGGUGUCUGAGUGCAGACUGAUGUCAUGAAACGGCGUAUGUAUAACACGCCAAUUCAUACGUCAUCAGUGGCGUGUUAUCCAGACGCAUUCUCGCUUUGAGUGUGAUUACCGACGCCGUUUGGCCUCCAUUGACUUACAUUACCUUGUGAUUGUGUGGGGCGAGUAGUAUGAAAGGGUGAAAAUCCACGUAGGGGUCGGGGGGGUGGACUUUUCACCCCAGGAGACCGGGAUUGGGUCCCGUCGUCUUUUUUUUUUUUUUUUUUUAAUAAAGUCAACCCUGUUCUUUUCCUAAACCCAACCGCAUCACGUUUCCUAAACUCAACCAUCGCUUUCUUCUCGGGAUAACACGGCAUGUGGUGUGUUCAUAUAUGCCCGCUGAAUACAGCGUAGACAUACACACAGAGAGCUCAAAAUGUGUACGGUAAAAACUGAAAAUCAACACUUUUUUUGACGUUUUCAAUACUAUGUAACACUAACUUAUUAACUUUAGUUUUACAGUUAUUUUUGAAAUUCAUGGUCAAUAAACCUCAUUUAUAGGAAAUUAUACCUAAUGUUUGAGUUAGAAAAGCAGAAAUUAGGAAUUAUUUAGACUAAAAUUAAGAAAGGAAUGGAUGUUGACGGAUAAUCACAGACUGGAAUAAGUCAACUUUUACUCAAUACUAUUUCAAAACCACUUCAAAUUUUUUUCAAAUGCUAUGUAUGUUUAUGCAGUCAUGAUAUAACGUUGCUGAAUGGGUUGAGUGCACGAUGCAUAAAAUACAUGUUAUGUGCAAUGGGCUGAUGAGGAUGAAUGUUUAUGCAAAGUGUAGUGACUAGGGAUGGGGGGGGCGGAGUUAAGAGUCAAACGGUUUGUAACGGAAACAGUUUGUUGCACCGCAAAUGGCAUAAAUAUAAAAUUUGUGUCCUAACCUCAUCCCACCACCGGUAUUCUGCUGGAAGUAGCAGCGGUGCUCUCCUGCUCUUUUCAUUCUCCUCCACGCUGGCAGAGCCGGGUCUGUCACCAGGGAGCAGUUAAAGGGUAGGAGUGUGUGAAAACAUGUCAGGCCACUAAUCCUAAUAGGAGCUGAUGGCUUGCUGUCAUGCUGGAAGAAGAAAAAAAAAAAAACCAAAGGAUUGCGGGUACUUUAAAAAAAAAUAAAAAAUAAAAAAGCUGACGAGGAGCCGAUUCGCAGAUUGCAAAUUUCCAGAAACAUGCUAUUUUCUUAAAAGCUGAGGCAACAAUGCUGCUUUUCAAAAUAUGAGACUUGGCGGUCAGGCAAGGGUGCAGCACGCUGUGGGAUGACACCUGAAAGUGAAACCUUUUUUAUUUUAUUUUUUUAAAGACGGUGGGGAUUUCCUAAGGGGGAUGAUUGCUUUUUUUUUUUUUUAUUCCUCUGUAGAAUGGGGCCGAGCCUGAGCCACGCAGAGUGGUGGGGGGUGAAGGCACUUCAUGCUACACUUUCUCUCUCUCCCUCUCUCUCUCUCCCUCUCUCUCUCUCUGCAGUGGAAGGAGCAGCGACUCACUUCCUAGCACCAUUCAUUUGUACCAUAAAACAGCUUCUUAAAUGUUGUGUUCUGGGUGCAGACAUGUUGUGAACAAAGUUAAUGUUUUUACAUCAUUUGUAAAUACAAAGAUAGAUUAAUUCCAAGUAUUGCUAUCUGUCAACAAAGCACCAAAAAGGUUUAAAAUGUGCAGCUACAGAGAAAAAAAGAAAUGAAACUGAACAUAUCUUUUUUUUGUCAUCAUGACUGGUGGUGAGCUUUGGACAGCUAUGUAAAUGGUUUGUAUUUGCAUUGAUUUCUUUUUUUCUCUCAAUAAAUUCAUUUGUUUGCACCAGUGA